GAAUACGGUAGAAUAUUCUUUGUCAAAGAAUUUUUUUUAAUGCUACGGGCAAGUGUCUCGCAUUGUCCUAAUUCUGGAUAACUCAUGUUAAAUGUGAGAGUUUUAUUUAUUGAAUUGGCGAUAUAAUUUCUCCUACACGUUGAGGGAACGGUGCGGUGCAUUAAUUAAAAUUGUAGCAACUAAGCAAUAACAUAUCUACGUAAUCAACUAUGCAAAAAUAAAAUUGGUGCUAUGAAAAAAAUGUGAGCUGCAUUGUGCAAAUUAUAAUGUAUAUUCAGCACAUUUGUUAUAAUAAAUGAUAAUAGAAAUUAUACUUGACAUGUCUUUUCUGCUACAAGAAACUGUGGUUUGUUCGAUCUCAAAACUACGCAGAUACCAAUAUAACCAGCUGCAUCUCUUCAUUUCUAGACAUGUCUGAUAAUCUAGUAUGGCGCUGGAUGCUUCGAUACAAAUUAUUUUUUUUCAUUGGCGUCAUUAUACUUGGUGUGCAAGUGUAUUUGGCUUACAAGUCCUUAGGAAUAGAUGGCACUGGCUACAUCGAAAAAGUGUUUAAAAGUAAAGCUCAAACCAACGAACGUGUUUAUCGUAUUAUUUCGAAUCAGAACUCUGAUACAAAUAAGGAUAAUAAACUUAAUUAUGGACAAAAACAACAACAAAAUUUAUCACCAACUAAGCCAACACAUAAUAUUUUUGUAGAGACAGACACGAAUUUUAUUCCAAAAUGUGAAAUCCUAGCUAAAGAAGCAAUAUCAGCGUUACAACGAGCUAAAACACAGAAGUGUCGUCAACAAAUUGCAGAUAUUGCUUGUAAUAUACAAAACGGAGAAUUCUAUCCCAAACAGCUACCAAAUUACUGUCCGUCAGGUAAUCAUACAGCUAAUACUGCUAUCGGCUGCUACCGCGAUGAGAAAGAAGUUCGCUUACUUCCAGACUAUUUUAUAAAUUUAAAAACAUCGAACUCUCCAACGCAUUGUGUUCAGAUAUGUGUGCAAUCAGGAUUUCCUUAUGCAGGCGUACAGUACGGCAGUGAAUGUUUUUGUGGCGUAGAGGCGCCACCCACUGGUGCCAAGCUAGCGGACUCAAGCUGUAAUAUGAAGUGUACGGGAGAUUCAAAAGAUAUAUGUGGCGGGUACUUUAGCAUGAACGUUUAUGAAACUGGUAUUGCAAAGUUUACACCUAAAGUAGCAGAGACAAGUGCUAAACCUGACAUUGGUCAAGUAAAAAUAGCAUUUUUGCUUACAUUGAAUGGCCGCGCGCUGCGACAAGUUCAUCGGCUAAUUAAAGCAUUGUAUUCGCCAAAUCAUAUAUAUUACAUUCAUGUUGAUGUGCGCCAGGAUUACUUGUAUCGAAACCUUUUAGAGCUGGAAAAAAAGUUUCCGAAUAUACGGUUGACUCGAACACGAUUUUCUACAAUCUGGGGCGGGGCUUCACUUUUAAGCAUGUUGUUACAAUGCAUGAAGGACUUGUUAGCAUUAAACUUGCAAUGGGAUUUCGUUAUAAAUUUAAGUGAAAGUGAUUUUCCAGUAAAAACCAUCGAUAAACUUGUGAACUUUCUAACGGCAAAUAAAGGGCGAAACUUUGUGAAAAGUCAUGGACGUGAAACACAACGUUUUAUUCAAAAGCAAGGUUUAGACAAGACUUUUGUUGAAUGUGAAACACAUAUGUGGCGAAUUGGAGAUCGUCAGUUACCAGCAGGAAUACAAGUAGACGGAGGCAGCGAUUGGGUAGCGUUAUCGCGAAAGUUUGUACAUUAUGUGGUGACACAGGCUGAGACAGAUGAGUUGCUGAAAGGCUUGCUUAUUAUAUUUCGGCGUACUUUAUUGCCAGCAGAAUCGUUUUUUCAUACCGUGUUACGCAAUUCGCAGUUCUGUGAUACCUAUAUAGAUAAUAAUUUGCAUGUAACAAAUUGGAAACGAAAACUUGGGUGUAAAUGCCAAUAUAAACAUGUUGUUGAUUGGUGUGGUUGUAGUCCUAAUGACUUUAAACUUACAGAUUGGGGUCGAUUGCAAGGCACAGAACAUAAAAUGCUUUUCUUUGCUCGAAAAUUUGAACCAAUUGUAAGUCAGGCGAUUAUAUUGCAACUGGAAGAGUGGUUGUUUGGGCCUUACACAAGUGAGUUUGUGAAUUUACACUCUUAUUGGCAAAAUUUUUUUAGUUCAGAAGAUAAACCAACUUCCAGUGACAACCUUUUACUUACAAUUGGUGAAAGUCUAAUUCGGCUAUUAAGUCGACAGUUGCAGCUCAGUACUGGAAAAUUAUUGGAACUUAAUCAUUACAUGGAUCAAGAGCAAUAUAAUGGAUUCUUGUUGCAAUGGCAAGUUUCACACGAAAACUAUAGUGCGUUGACUUUUGAGUCUCGUAUUCGACCUGUUCAAUACGUCAAAUUUGCAAAAAACUUAAAAUUUGCUAGAAGAAUUCGAAAUUUUGAAGUCUCUUCGGAUUUUGAUCAAAAAGAACAACUUUCACGAAAUUUUGCUAAAUUUCUGGGUCCUUAUAGUGAACCUGUACUAAGUUUUACUGUUUUAGGCACAGGUGGCCAAACACAUAACGACGUUGCCCAUUCUUAUAAUUUAACUUUACUUUGGAUCGAUCCUACAGGGCAAUUGCAAGAUUUUGAAGAGAUACAUAUUGAAGAUCCUAAAACAGAUGCCAUACAUUUUUCCAAAGCUUUAGUUAAACAACCAUUAACACCAGGAGUUUGGACUAUUAAACUUGUAGGUCGUUCUGCUAUAUAUGCUGAAACAAAAUUUUUAAUAUCGCCCUUAGCUUUGGAAGGUGGAAAACCCAUUACGGAGCAACGAGCUAAAAAUAUAAAUGCUGGUUCAGAACCAUCUCUACCAGCUGAUUUCAUUCUUCCUACAGAAUGGAAAUCAUUUAUACUUUCUACAAUGGAUGUAAAAAAUUUUCAAAAAUUAUCGAAAACCAACGCACUUAGAACCGGAGUCGAUCUGUAUAACUGGAUCGAUGAACUGGUUAGUAAGUUUUACAAUAUACAAGAGAUGUGUAUUGUUUCAGAAGCGACAAUUUUUUCGGAUCUACAAUUAUGCCGCGAAUCAUCGUGGAGCUCAUUAGCACCUGAUCCGAAAAGUGACAUUAACGUAUUGCUCAAGCGUAGAUAAGGUUAUGACUACAUUGUAGAAAUGGUUUAAGUAUUAACAUCUUGUCAAAGUAUAAUACAAUAUUAUUUAAUAAAAAAAAAAUAAUUUUAGUUACAAAACGCAUAUACCAAUUUGUGUUCCGAUGAUAUUCGAAAUUCGAAAGUUAUGAAUACAACAAAUUAUUGAUUAAUAGUCAUGCUUAAUAAACCAAAACAAAAGAAACUGUGGCAUUUCAAAUUGUUAGAUUUUUUUUUAUGUUUAAAUUAAAAUAUGUGAUAAAACUGAAAAUAAAUUCUAUAAAUUUGUAUACACAAUACAAUCUAUUUGCACCUUGUCAAAGAUAUAUUAUUGUAAAUUGUCCAUUUUUGAAAAUUGUAAAAACGUAUAAGUUAAGAACAUAGGUAAUGUGAAAUUUUUGUAGGAUAUA